UGUGCAUAUAACACACUGCCUAGGGCUGGGUUUUGUCCUUCUAGUACAGAGAGCUGUUAGGUGGUGAUCUGUGGGACUUGGAUGUUGGUAAAAGUUUUGGACCUGGAUAUCGGUGAAGUUUUGGACUCGGAUGCUGGUGACUUCUUGUACUUGACAGAUUGGUCUUGGUACGAGCAUUUAUAUCGACAAAGAUGAGGAAGUGGGAAAUGGCUCAAGGCAACACCCUACAGUACAACUCCUUUGACGAAGAGGCUUUAACAGAGCACUAUCAAAUCCUAAAGACCCUUGGUCGGGGAGCAUUUGGAGAAGUAAAAUUGGCUAGCCAUCUACUCACCCAGACAAAGGUAGCAGUAAAAGUUCUCCCAAAAAGCUCAAAGAACAUCUUCAUCAAAUCAGAAAUUGAAAUAAUGAAAUCUCUAGACCAUCCCAAUAUCAUUAAACUUCUUCACAUAAUCGACACCACAAAAAACACUUACCUGGUUAUGGAACAUGCCAUAGGCGGAGAGCUGAUGGCCAGGAUUGUGGAGUUUGGCUACCUACCUGAGGACGAGUCCCGUAAGGUAUUUAAACAGAUGGUGUGUGCCCUUCAGUAUUGUCACAGGAAAGGGAUUGCUCACAGGGAUCUAAAGCCUGAAAAUAUUUUAGUGGACGGCAAAGGAAAUAUAAAACUCAGUGAUUUUGGGCUGGGCACCAAGCUUCCCAUGGGGCAGAAGCUAGCAUAUUUCUGUGGGACCCUUCCUUAUUGUGCCCCAGAACUCUUUGAAGGUGGAGGCUACGAUGGCCGAGCAAUCGACAUCUGGAGUUUGGGAGUUGUACUCUACUUUAUGUCUACAGGGUGCCUCCCUUUCAAGGGAACUACCUUUGGAAUGCUAAAGGACAAAAUCUUGGCAGGAAAGUACCCCGUUAAUUUCAAGCUGUCGCCAGAGCUUUGGGAUGUUAUUGCUAAGUUGUUAACCGUAAAUCCUGGAGAAAGACCAAGAAUAGGUGACGUUGUGGGCUUUCAAUGGCUGAAGCAUGGCAAUGAAGGUUCUCCCAAUCCCUUUAGAGAGAACAAUGAGGACAGCUACCCAGACCCCACUGUGAUGGUCAUCAUGGGCGUCAUGGGUUAUAAGCAAGGAGAGAUAAUGGAAGCUUUACGGGAGAAGAAGUUUGAUCAAGUGAUGGCCACUUACUUGAUUCUUAGGCAGCAGUCACCCUGGGAAGAUGACAUUAUAAAACAUCUUCGGCCCAAGCAGUCUGCUGGAACCUUGAACCUUACAGGCCUUCCCACAAUACCUAAAGUGACUAUAAAGAGGGGAUCUAGUGUCCCUAUCCUUCCCACUUCUUCCAUUUUGCCCACUCUACCUGAGAGUCCCGAGAAUAACAAAAAGGGGAAAACGAGGUACAGUAUGCCUCCCACCGUGAACUGCCCUGACAAGAAAACAGCCCCAGUUCACAGAAUCUGCCCCCAGCGUGUACAUGAGGCUACUUUCAUGAACAGCGCCUGGGGGGAUUCAGAGAGCACUAUUAACACCUCCGAUGAAAUAUGUACCACAGUGUCUUCAGCACUGGAAACUUAUUCCAGCAAGUUAUCCUGGAAUGUGUCCAAAGCUGGCCCUAACAAAUCAAAGAGCAAGGCGUCCUCACAGGAUGUUUUAUCUCAUCACACCCCAAUGGAGGAAGUUCAGUGCCAAGACGUCAACAUACCAGGUGAAAUUAUUGGCUCAUCUCUCCCACAAACCUCACCUCAGGAGGACCUCAGAGGACAGCCCCACAGCAUGUCUACUGCUGGUCGGAGAGGUGAAAGGACCAGCUCAUCGCUCUCACAAACCGCACCUCAGGAGGACCUCAGAGGACAGCCCCACAGAGUGGCUACAGCUAGUCGGAGAGGUGAAAGGACCAGGUCAUCUCUCCUACAAACUGCACCUCAGGAGGACCUCAGAGGACAGCCCCUCAGUGUGGCUACAGCUGUUUCAAAGAACAUGACCUCACAGGAUAGAUCACCCCCAUUCUCCAGCAAGGAGGCCCAGGAUGAGGGUCUCAUCGUACAAGAAAAAGACCUCAGCCCAUCCUCCCCAGAAACAUCCCAGGGACACCUCAGUGGCCGGUGCCAGACUGCACCCAGAGCCCCCUUUAGAAAGCGGAUUUGGAAGAGCCUACAGAGCAGGAUUAUAAAAGGCCUGAGAAGUUUAUGCUGCUGCAUACCAACAGAAAAGAGGGAGCGCCUAGGCUGCAACAAAAUCCUGCCUGUGACCUUAGAGGACCAUGGAGGGAGCCAAGGUAACAGUGCUGUUGGAGGCACUGUGCUCCCCCAAAGCUGAAACCAGAGAGUGAAGAGCAGCAUGCUGAGGAUGCACACGGGCGCUGGAGAGAGCCAGGUAGGUUCGUGAUGGCUGGUGGUGCCACAAUUGUGCCAGUAAAGUGAAGCACUCUGUGGGACCAGAAGUCCUUUAAACAAGGAUCCACGGAGUGCUGUGAUCAUUAGGAAAACAGGCCUCAGAGGACCUUCCACGCACAGUGUGAUCGUCAUUCCAGCUACCUGUCUCCAGGUGUACCUGUGAGCCAUUAGAAGAGACAUCGGCACCGGAAGCAGAGGAGGACCCCAGAGGGCCUGGCCAGUUUGUAUGUGUUCAAGAUGAGUAUUGCUGACCAGGUUGGAGCCAGACACAGAGGGACGAGUUUGCAGGGAGUGUCCAUCUUGUGCUCAUUUGGGAAGGUAGAGUGUGUGGGAACAGGUGAGUCCAUUAGUUAUGGUGCAGCUCUCAGCACCAUCCUGAACUACUAGACAGCUUGCUUCCCGUCCCCACCAGAUCCAGACACCUUCACAACUCACCCUAGCACUUACUGGUGAACUGCUUGUUGCUUUGCAACCUGAGUCAUAUGGAUGUACUCUUCUGUACUCUGUAUCUGAACAGACAGGGACACACACACACACACAUACACACACACACACACACACACACACACACACACACACACACACAUACUUCUCCCAAUGUACCUCAUGCACAGUUGACACUAGUGAAGUUUGCUUGAACUGGAGAGGACUCCUAUUCAAGCAAGAUAAUUUCAUAUUUCAUGUGAUUUCCCUCCUGGAAAUGCCUCAAAUCCCUCUAACUCAGCUUGUUCCUGUCUCUACCCCCAACACAAUCACUUAACCACCCUGCUCUACUGCUUCGCAGGAGUCAUAUGAAGCCAACACAUGCCAUGGUGCACAUUUUGCCCCAGGGCAUCCGGUCCUGUGCAAGGGACAUUACUGUUGCUGAGGCUUUGUGUCCCCAGGCAGCAGGCUGGGAAAGUCCUUUGCUGCCUGUAUGACCCUAUGCUGGGGCUACCAAAGAGACUCCUGGGACUACACUCAGCAAGGGACAUUUUCAACUGGAUGGUGCUUAGAGCAGGAGAUGCCACUCAAGCCCUAACACACUGGAUGGAAGAGGGACACACAGGUCUCCUUGAUAAAAGAGGCUUCUUCUGAUUGACAGAGAAGUUGGGCCAGAGACUCACAAGCAGAUGGACUAAAGAGGAACAAGGGAAAAUGUCUACUGAUCCAGGUGAAGAUCAGCCAUGGAGGAUAUGCUCAGAGAGCUGGGCAUAAGAUUGCUCUGCAGAAGUGUUACCAAGAAAGACAGGCACCAGACAAAAAGAUAUACGGCACAAAUAUCUGAAUAAAGAGACUGUUUUCUUGCUACAAUAAAUUCCUUUGUAUAUUUGAA